UGUGCACCUCAGGCAGUCAGUCAGUCAGGCAGUCAGUGCGCUUUGCCGCGGGAGGGAGCGAGUCACAGGAGCAGCUGCGAGCAGCCGGGGACCAGGGACCAGGGACAGGACCAGGGACAGGACCAGGAGAUAACCCUUUCACCUGCUAGUUAUUCGAACCCAUGAUUUGGCAGAUCUGACAAUGUGUGGAAUAUGGGCCCUUUUUGGCAGCGACGAAUGCCUCUCUAUCCAGUGCACCAAUGCCAUGAAAAUAUCUCACAGAGGCCCUGAUGCUUUCCGCUUUGAAAAUGUGAAUGACUUCACCAACUGCUGUUUCGGGUUUCACCGCCUCGCCAUCGUUGAUCCAUUGUAUGGAAUGCAACCUCUAAGAAUAACCAAAUACCCACACCUCUGGCUGUGCUACAAUGGAGAGAUUUACAAUUUCAGACAGCUUGAAAAGCAUUUUGAAUUUGAUUAUCAAACCCAAGUUGAUGGUGAAAUUAUUCUUCACCUCUAUGCAACAAAAGGAAUAGAGAUGACUGCUAAGCUGUUGGAUGGUGUGUUUGCUUUCAUCAUUCUGGACACUGCAAACCGUAAAAUAUUUCUUGGAAGAGAUACAUAUGGAGUACGGCCAAUGUUUAAAAUGAUGACAGAUAAUGGAUUCCUUGCUGUUUGUUCCGAAGCAAAAGGUCUUCUUGAACUGAAACAUUCAAUGAUUUCCACUCCGACUAUCGUGCCUUUUCCCCCUGGCCACUAUGAAUCAUUUGACUUGAAGAUUAAUGGGAAGGUAACCGAACUGGAACUAGUGAAAUUUCACAGCUGUACAGAGAUUCCAGCACAUGUUCCAUAUGAUACACUGGAAAAGCUGACUGAAGACUUCAAACCAGAGACUCUCAAAGAGAUGGAGACUAUCAAAAAGAACAUUCGAUCACUCCUGGAAAAUGCAGUAAGAAAGCGUCUGAUGUCCAACAGAAGAAUCGGUUGCCUUUUGUCAGGUGGUUUGGAUUCCAGCCUCAUUGCUGCCCUCCUUCUGAAACUGAAGAGAGAGAAAGAUGACAUGAUGUACCCAAUCCAGACAUUUUCAAUAGGAAUGGAAGACAGCCCUGAUGUAAUUGCUGCUCGCCAGGUUGCAAAGUACAUUGGCAGUGAUCAUCAUGAAGUUGUUUUCAGUGCAGAAGAAGGAAUUCAGGCAAUAGACAAUGUUAUUUUUUCCCUGGAGAGCUAUGACAUCACUACAAUCCGUGCCUCUGUUGGAAUGUACUUGGUUUCAAAGUACAUAAAAGAGAAAACUGACAGUACUGUCAUCUUCUCUGGGGAAGGUUCUGAUGAACUCGCACAGGGAUACAUAUAUUUUCACAAGGCUCCAUCUCCUGAUGAAGGUGCAGCAGAAAGUGAAAGACUUUUGAGGGACCUGUAUCUCUAUGAUGUCCUACGUUCUGACCGAACAACAGCAGCUCACGGAUUGGAAAUCAGAGUUCCAUUUUUGGAUCAUCGUUUUACUUCCUACUACCUAUCAAUUCGGCCAGAGCUCAGAGUACCAAAGAAAGGAAUAGAAAAAUAUCUUUUGAGAAAGUCAUUUGAUGGGCUGAACCUGCUGCCAAAAGAAAUCCUUUGGAGACCGAAAGAGGCUUUUAGUGAUGGAGUUUCUUCUAUUAAGAAGUCAUGGUUCAGUAUAUUGCAGGAGCACAUUGAUUCCCAGGUCGAUGACAGUCAACUUGAUAAAGCAGCAAAGAAGUUUCCUUUCAAUACACCAACUACCAAAGAGAGUUAUUACUAUCGUCAAAUCUUUGAAAAACAUUUCCCUGGACGAGCUAACUGGAUUCCAUACUACUGGAUGCCCAAAUGGACAAAGGCCACUGAUCCCUCAGCACGCACACUGCAACACUACAAGUCUGACAGGGAAAAGAAGUAAAAUUUCCAAUGAAAAUAAUACUUAAUUUUACAGCUACUAGCUAUAGAUGAUACAAAAUUAACAAAAUAUUGUUUGGUAUCUUUAAUAAGGAAUAUUAGAACUUUAUUCCUCCAAUUAAAUAUGAUUAAGAAAA